AUGUCUGAUCUGGAGAACCUUUUACGUAUGACCGCGGUGCAAGCGGAAGGCAUGCGUGGCUUGGGUGGCUAUGCUGGUGGAAUGUUCAUGGCUGCUUCCAAAGUACUCGGCGAGGAGACUGUCAGUGGUGGUGGCAGUAGUGCUGCUGGGCAGGCUACCAACAAGCAGGGAGACAAAUGA